AUGGAGGGAGAUGCCAAGGGCACAAAGCGCAGCGUCUGGCUGGCCUGGAAGGCGGACGCCCAACAAAGCCGCGUGACCCGGCAGGCCCGGGAUGCUGCGAACGCAGAGGCUCAGAAGCUUCAGCUGCUCCUUGCGGAUGAGCAGAGGAAGAACGAUGAGCUCCACAAGUCUGCUGCCCAGAUCCUCGCGGACAAGAAGGCAGCCGCCCACAGGCAGAUCGAGUACAUCGCUGCCAAGUGGGCAGGAGGGAAUCGGAAAGGCGCCAUGACCGGCGUCUUCCGAGGCUGGCACGGCUACACCAUGGACUCCAAGCGGAAGGGGCGGAAGAACCAGGCAGUCCACGCCGCCUUGACCAAAGCACUUCUGGGCGAGGCCAAAGGAGCGUGCAAGAACGCCUUGAUCAACUGGCACAUGCUCACAAAGGACGAGAAGAAUGAGAGGAAGCGGGAAGCCGAUGCGAAGGAGGCCGAGCUGAAGCUGGCAAAGUCCCGCGAGGAGCAGGAGGCGGAGCUUGAGCGCAUGAUCUUGCAGGCACAGCAUGGCGCGGAUGCCGCGAAGGCUCGCGCAUGGCACGCCACACAGAUGGUCCUCAAGAAGUGGCUCGGGGGCGGUGCAAAAGGCUUGCUGAAGCAGUUCUUUCAGGACUGGCAAGCCUUUGUGGCCGACGUCAAGCAGGCUGCUGUUCAGAAAGAGAGUGUCAAGGAGUCGGUGAUGCGUUUCAUUCUGAGCGACCAGCGGGGUCUGCUGUACACCUGCGUGAACUCGUGGCUCAACUAUGUCCGCUUCGAGAUCAAGCACCAGCGCAUGAUGGAGCAGCAGCAGCAGAAGAUGGACGCGCUGGAGCAGGGCCUGUCCAACUUGAUGAAGAAGCAAGAGGUGCAGAUGAUGAGGGCCGCAGAGGCCUUCGGCUCCAAGCAGGGGCCCGUGCUUAUGGGUAUGGCGCUCCGAGCCUGGCACGAGCUCUCCAUAGGCGAGAGGGAGCGAGAAGAGGCGGAGCGAGAGCGGCUAGUGCAACUGGAGGAGCUGGAAAGGCAGCACGAGGCAGCGGAACAGAAACGACACCAGCUGAUUGCCCGCGCGCUGGAUGGCAUGGGCUGCAAGCGGACGCGCGUCAUCUUGGCCGAGUACUUCUCAGCUUGGGCAUACCUCUGGGACACUGAGAAGCUGGAGAAGAUGGUGAAGCUGAGCCACAACUCUCAGAUGCAAAAAUACUCGGAGUACAUUCUGGGCAAGCACCUGCAGAAGAAUGCGGGUGCGCUGCUCGCGGCAAGCUUUCGCGAGUGGCACAUGGAGACUCGUGCUUCGGCCCAUGCUCUUCACUCCGACUCCAUGGAGGAGCGCCUGCGUGAAAUGAUGGAGUAUGCGCAGCAGCUGGAGCAGCAGCGCGCGGACCUCCAAGAGCAGCUGCAGCUGUACUAUCAGCAGAUCGACUUGAUCACCGAGACACUGCAGAAGGAGCUGCAGACCAAGGAAGAGCUCGCCUCCGAGUUGCGCGACGCCUACGACAAGAUGCGACAGCAGUCCAAGGUGCCCCUGACGACGCCCAGCACCAUGGCCAGCCUGGAGAGCCGCAGCCGCACCAGCAGCGUGGAAGCGCGCCGGAAGGAGACCACGGCGACGCCGAAAGGCCCGCGAACGCCUCGUCCUUCCACGUCCACACCCGGAGCCGCCAACACGGCCGCCGCCAACACGUCGAGCUCGGCGGGGGCAAAGGGCACGCUGUCCGAGCCCCUGGCGAUGCCGACGCUGCCGCCGGCACGCCGGUCCCGGGGUCGCGAGGACUCCCCGACCAGCUGCGAUUGGAAGACUGCAGUGCAACGGAUGUCGGAAGAAGGUCUGGUUCAUCUCGAGUCCUAG